GCUUCUAUGAUUUUGUCCGCAAAAUGUUCGGGCAUGGCCGCUAUCAGGGAUUGCGAACCCAUUUCCGCCAUAGUGGCCCACACAUCCCCGGCUGGCAAUGGCGAAGUGGCGUUUUCUGACUGGAAGAAAUCGUCCGCCAAUAGCGAGGCCAGUAAUGUCUCAGAUUCAUUUCACGGGCUCCAGCAAUUGCGUCCAAUUCCAGGCCAAUCCCUUCAAAGCUGAUUUAUGUCAGGCAUGUCUGGGUAAAAUUGGGAAUCAUUCUGGCGCCACGCCUCGUGAAAUCAGCGCUGCAUUGGAAUAUUCCGUGGACCAAGUACCUUCAUCUAUUCUACCCAAUGCUCGAAAUGGGAAACUAUUCGUGGGCGGAUACAAGGCCUCAAUAAACAAGACCUUUUUAAUAAAUAAUCAGGUUUGUCUGAUUGUGAAUACCUGUCCAAGCCUUCCCCUCACAAUGGGUAGUAAAUAUGUCAAGCAAUUGAAGAAUCGAAAUGAGGACUCGAGUCUCAAUUUCCGCGAGCUGACGAUAGAUUGGCAAGAUUCAGCCACGCAAAUCAUAAGCCUCAGUGAGAUCACGGACACCUACAAAAUCAUUGGUGACACUCUUAAGACUGGAGAAAGCGCAUUAAUUCAUUGUGCCCAAGGGAAAUCCCGUUCGGUUAUUCUGGCCAUGGGCUUUCUAAUCUUCAGUGGUGUUUGCUUAUCCGUGGAUGAGGCCCUCCAAUGGAUGAAGGACAAGCGACAAAUGUCAGAACCCAACCCAGUAUUUAUCCUGCAACUUAAAGAAAUGGAAAAGCAUUUAAUUGCUUGGGCACGCAAUAAGCAAUGAUGAGAACCGGCUGAACUGCAGCCAUCAAUGUCGUUUAUAGAUUUUCCACAUUUAUAUUGGGCAUUUUGCCGCCGGGCUGAUGACGGGUCCAAUAAAUCCUGAAAAGUAAUAGUCAUGACAAGUUCAAA